CAACAUGCAUCUCUCUAUAUCGGAAGCUCUCUCGUUCAUCCGGAUCCGUUCCUUUCCGGUCAUUCUCUCUCUCCGUCCAUAGGAGAACAUCCAAUCAUGAUCACUCCGAUCAAACUAGCCUUUCUCUUAUUAUUCAUCAUCGCAACAGCAACCGCUGCACCUAAAGCCAAACGCAGGAACUACCUUUUCACACCGCAUGCAAAAGCAGUCGCGGGAAUAUGCACUGUCGUCCUAACAAACACAAGUCCAUGCUGUAAAACCCUUAAACACGUUCCUACCGACGACCCUAUCGAAUUGAUCCGAGCGUUAGCGGCUGCGACUGAAUCUUCCGUGAAAAGAAGUGUGGUUUUCCUCUCCGAGAUCAAACCAAAACACAAAUCAAACGCAACUGCAGCCGCAGUGAUCAACAGCUGCGAAAAAAACUUGAAGUACGCGUUAGAAGAUUUCACUGAUUUUUGGAACGCUACGGGGAAAGAUGUAAAGACGUUGGCUCAUAACUAUUUCACGUGUAAGAAGAAGUUAAUGUCGAUCAUGGGGUACCACUGGACUUGUUUGGAUGAUAUUGAUGAUAAGAAUCUGUUGAAGGAAGUGGAGACUGGGAUUAGUGUUGGGAAGAAUCUAAGCAGUAAUACGUAUGAUGUGUUUAAUGGUUUGAAAACUAUUUUUAAGACGUUUGGUAUCAAGGUGAAACUUAACGAGGAAGACACUUCGCCCCAACCGCCACCAUUGUCGAAUUAUUACUACUGAUUAAAUGAUUUGGAUGUAAUAAAUAAUUAAUAUCACUCGUAUAAUGCCUAAAGCGACCAUGUAUGAUGUAUGUUCUAGGUUUUAUACAUGUACGGAUGGAUUUCGAGAUUAUUGGAAAGGAUAUAUUAAUGGAAUGUGAGUUUUUUUUUAUAAGUUUUUGAAUUGUCAUCAAAAUGAAGCUGAAAUUAUGUUGAUCACAUAAUUAUUUGGUAGACCUUGAUAACUCGAACAAAUAUACACUAUCGCAAUCAUUAUUGGUUAAAUGUUUUCGGAUACAUGUCCUACGUCAAACAAAAGAAUUGUGCAUUUUUCAUAUAUUUGAUGCAUGAAAGUUUCAUAUAUUUGAUGAUGAAACCAUGCCUUUUUUUUAUGACCUGGUAUCCGAAGUCUCGAGAGGAUCCGACUAGCGCCAAUGACCGUCCACCGGAGCUUAGCCGGGGAGCCCGCCGAGGCAAACCAUGCCUUUUUCCUUGUGCUCCCGGGACAUGUCAACAUUCAACGAACCUUCAGUAAUCAACUACAUAUGAUACUGAUCUAGAUGAUGUAUGUACAUGUACGACCAUGCAUGAAUCACGCCGAUGUUUCUUUUAUCACGGCAAUGUUUACGCCGGUUCUUAAAUAACCGGUUCUUAGCUUUUUUUAGCUAAAAGUUAAGAGACGGGUUCUUAUAUUCCGCUAAGAACCUCACCCUAAGAACUCCCAUUAAACAUGCUCUUAAUAGUCUAAAAAGAUGUCCAUGAACUAAAUGAAUAAUACCAUUCAUGUUUGAGUAACACCAUAGAUGACACAAUUUUCUUACUACCACUAGCUUAGCUACCUUUGUUACAUGUUGUAGUGUCCGAUUAAUUUGGGUUGAAGAAGAUGAGAACUAUCGAUGAGAAGCUUUAGAAACAUUUUACUUUCGUUACUUUCGAAAUUCGGAUGUAAAACUAGUACUAGGAAUGAAGAGCCCAAAAUAAAUUGUUUAUUCUAAUAAUAAUAGACUAACUUUUCCAUCCUUAAGUUACUUCUUAUUUUUAGUAAUCGAAGCUACACCUCUUGAUCAGGACAAAGACAUAAUCAAAUCAUCUUGUGGUGAAUAACUUUUAAUCUCAAAUCCAAUAUUUGAUUAGAGAAGUUUCAGCCAUUCAACGACCUAAAAUGUCUCCCUACAUGCAAAGCUCAUGCGAACCUAAUUUUAGAAACUACAACUUCUAUAAGAAUCUCCCAUAAUGCACCAUAAUCUCCACCAGCCCCCAUUAAAUAAUCCACCGGGUCUGAAUAAAUAAAAAUAAGUCCCCUCCCUCUCCUAUUUACCUCCUAAAUAAAACCUGAGGGAGAAAAAACAAAAAAAAA